GUGGCAGAGAGUGAGGGGUGAGAGAGACGGAGAGAGGGGAGGGAGAGAGUGUGGAUAGAGAGAGCAGGGAGAGAGGAGAGAGAGAGAGAGAUGGAGAAAGGGAGAGAGUGGAGAGGGAGAAGGGAAGGGGACUGAGAGGGAGGGAGAGAGUGAGGGAGGGAGAGGGAGGGGAGGGUUUGGGGGAGGGAGAGGGAAGGACACCCCCUCAGUGGUGAGGAAGCAAUACCCAUUUUUGGGAUGUUGCAGGCGGACCCAGAAACCUGACGUAGGAGCUGGAGACGAGUCAAGUACCGUGCAGGAGGAAGGGGGCGGCAUUGGAGCACAGACAGAAGGAAGGGAAUCCCGGUCACCGAGGCAGGGAACAGUGCAUGGUCUUCCCACCCCCGUCACUCCGGCAUCGAUUGGUGAGAUGGUCUUCCGACUGGCUUGCGAUGAAGGCCUCCCUUUACCUGACGACACUCUCCGUUCUGCUCUCCGUUCACUCAGUUGCAGGAGACACGGUCACCGUGCAUUGGGGAGAACACGCGUUCCUUCUGUGUAGGUACAACAAAGAGGAAGGUUUCUCGCUGAGGGACAACUAUUUCUCCUGGCAGCUGGGUAAGAUGAUGGUCUACUUGUUCGAAGGCGGAAAAUCCAAAGAGAAAGACAUCGAUGGAGAGUACAAGGGCAGGGUGACCACCAUCGGCACGGUGGAGAGAGGGAACCUGUCCCUGCAAAUCACCAAUGUCACGCCCAACGAUGAGGGCGUUUACACUUGUCACAUCUUCACCAAGGUCCCGGAGCAGACCAAGACUGACGAGUGCAGCAUCCGCCUGCAGGUCACAGCUAACUACAGCACCCCGUCCAUCGUGGGGCCACUAUCAGGAGACGCCAGUCCCGGGGACGUGGUCAACCUGACCUGCCUCUCGUCCGGAGGGUACCCGCAGCCGGUGGUCAACUGGACAGAUGGGGAGAGCCGACCGCUGGUCAACGUGAGCAGCGAGGAUGAGAUGGGGCAGGACCAGGGCUCCAAGCUCUGGAACGUCAGCAGUGUGAUCGAGGUCAUGGUCACCCCCAACUCCAGCUUCAUCUGCACCGUGCGUAACCCGCGGACGGGCGAGAUCCGCAGGUCCAGUCCCUGGCGGGCCCAGGCUCCAACCUGCCCUCCCCCGCCAACGUCUGUAGCCCAGCACACAUCUACGGUCGUGAGUGUGGCAGUGCCCUGCGUCCUGCUGACGUGCCUGGCCGUCAUCGUACUCGCUCUGUGGCUUCAGUCGCGCCGGAGGUACCCAGGUGUCCCCAGCAGAGACCCUCCGAGAGAUCAGACAGUGUCUCAUGUAGAAAUGGAGCUGGUCUAACGCCAAGAACUGAGGUUAUCUGCAAGCGAUGGAGUGCGCCAACGUUUUCCCGGUGGAACUGGUGGUGAUCGAGUAACAGAGAGAGCGAGCGAGAGAGGGAGAGAGAGAGAGACGGGGAGGGAAUGUUCCCACCUCCCCGGAUCUGGUGGUCAAGGAGAGCAAGUGCGGAGGACUGUGGUCUCAGGACGUCCAGACGGAAGGAAGACCACACUCAGGGGGUUCCGCCCAUUCUUGGAGGCCGGAACAGGAUCGCUGCCAGCAGAAAGCAAGCAGCAAUUCGGCGCGGGGGGAGAUCCCACAGGAGAAAGGGCGGUGCAAUGGGUAGUUGAGGACUGAGGGUUGGGUGUUGGUUUCCGUGGAGACAGGGAAGAGGGUGGUAUACAGAGCAGUGGGUGAGGGAACAGUGUCCCUCACAUCUGGGGGGACCCUCCCGCGGCGCGGCACUCCCUCCUCAGUGCCCCUCCCGGGCGCACUGUUGUCUGUGACAAAACCCCCUUCCUCAAGCUGGGUAUCGGACCAAUGACCUUGUCUCUCAGAGGCAAGGAGCGGGAGAUCCCUGCUCCCAAAAUCUCCAACCGGAGAUACAUCUUCAACAGCAACGAGUGGGCAGUAUGCUGGGAAUUUUCCUGCGAUAUUCCAAAGCCUGGAAGCCAAUUAUCGCCCAGAGCUCGAAGACCAAUAGUGCUGUGAUGAUUACCACAACUGCCCAAGGGUCAAUGGGAAACAUUCAACCAAUAAACAGAUGUAAUGAA